ACUUGAUACGUAUUGUAUUCUCUUUUUGUUUUCUUCUGAUUUCUCUCUCUCACUCUCUCUCUCUCUCUUUGUGAUUAUAUUAUGUUGUAACGCUAAUGUAACUGAAAGUUUUGUAUCUUUCUACUUCAUUCAUAUGGGAUUAACCGGACAGAUAUUUUCUGUCAUUUAGUUCUAAGACCUGAGUUGCUUGCCCAGAAUGUAUGUUCUGUGGUGGUUGGUAGUUGUUAGAUUCAUGUUUCUCACUACAUUAGUAUGGUGGGUUAUUGUGAUUUAGGAGUGUAAUGAUUGCAAAAGUGUGAAAGGCCGUUCCUUGUGAUUUGGCCUAUUUGGAUUGGUUGCUUAAACAGCUCAGUUGUGGAAUUGGAGAAAGGUGAAGAGAAGUGUUUGGCUGUGAAUAUGGACUGGACUUGAAGGGACCUUUCAGAAUGGACUGGUUACCCGAUUUUCCUGAAACUUCUAUAGGCCGGGAGUUUCAGAAGGGUGAUGACAAUGUUGGCCAUGCGAGCGAGGACAAAACGAUCGACGGGUUGCAUUUUCUCAUGGAUCCUAAACAUGAGAAUGACUCAGUGGACGGUUUCUUAGGACUUGGUAAGGAGAAUAAUGGGAGCGGUUUUAAGAUGGAGGAAGUUUGCCUUGGAUUUGACUUUGAGAUUUGGCCAAAUUAUGGUGGACUGGACUCUUAUAGUGCUCUAGAGGAGGAAGCAGGUUUAAAGCUUGAUAUUUUCAAUGGGUUCUUGGAUGAGGUUGAUGAAGUGGAACAUAUCUACGAAUCUCAAGAUCCAUUUCCUAUCGACACUGAGGGGACAGUGAAGGUUUCUGAAUUUGAUAAUGACCUUUAUGUUGCUCCAAACUCAAGUUCAGAAUCCCGUUCUCCCGGGAUUAGUGGAAGCAUUGGGCUGUCAACGUCCCUGAAAGAAACUGUUCGAGAACCCGAGGCUCAGAAUGUAUCCUGUGACAAGGUUGUCUAUGAAGAACCAUUCAAUGGCAUUUUAGGCUCCAUUUCAAAUGAUUGCCAGAGUCUAUGCGAGUCAGAAGACGACAAAAAACCUCUUGCCACUUUCAUUGCCUCCCAAGCCAAACUUGGCAGAGAUCAGAAGAAGUGUAAUGCUACUCGAAGGUCGGAUUCUCUUGGUAGAACCAUUUCUCCUCCAUCAUAUGACCUCCGGCCUCGGAAAGGAAUUCUAAACAAAUGUCACCCUAAACAGCAGAACACCCGAUCUGAUAAUGAAGUUACAACAUCUGAGAGCGAAGAGGACGAGUUUUCUUUGUCGGAAACCUCGAAAAGCACAUGUGACAGGAGAAAACAUCAGAGGAUGUGGACACUCUCCGAGGUUGUCAAAUUGGUUGACGGUAUUUCUGAGUUUGGUGUGGGAAGGUGGACAAAUAUAAAGAACCUCUUCUUUCAAUCUGCUUCUCACCGUACACCUAUCGAUCUCCGGGACAAAUGGCGUAAUCUUCUCAGAGCUAGUUAUGCUAUCAAGCGUAACAACGGAGAGGUUGAAGAAGAAUCAAAGAGCCAUGCCCGUCCUGUCCCGAAGCAUAUUCUACACCGUAUCCGUGAGCUUGCCACCCUCCAUCCAUAUCCCUAUUCAAAGUCUUCGCCUUUCGUCAGUGACGGUUCUCAAGCUCAGCCCUCUGUCGAUGCUCGAACAGUAACCAAGUCGAGGAAGAAGAAAAAGAAGAAGAAGAAGAGAUGUUGAUAUAUAUAUAUAUACACCAAGGAAGCGACUCUUCAACGGAGUAAAGCAAAAGCAGCUGUAAAAAAGGUACUAACGUUUGCAUUUUAAGGGUAAUUUUUUUUUUUUUGUUCUCUUUCGGAAGUUUUCACUUUCCCUUUGUUAGGACACCCAAAUACAUUAACCAGCUCUCUACUUCUUCUGUGAAACAAGACGGACUUCAAAUCGAAACAAGGUUCCUUUCCUUUCCUCUCCUUUCCCGUUUGGAUAAAACCUUUGUCAUGUUUUCAUUUCUUGAUUAGUUCCAAUGUACAAUAGCAUUUCAUCACGCAUAUGCAUGCAUAUAUACAUACACCCUUUUCUUCUCCAUGCAGCAUAUGCUUACAGGAUACAUCACCGAAAAGCCCAGACCUUUAAAACCAAAACCAAGAACGCACACAUUAACAUUAACCCAUCAUCAUAGUGUUUCCCUUAGUUACGUUAUUUAGACUUUUGCAUUCUAUUGUUCUUGGUGGUGUUUCUUGGUGAAACUAGCCGUUGCCGUCGUCCCCUCUGCUUCCCCAGUUGUUGUCGUAGUUUUGUCUAGGGAUGUUGUGGUGGUUGUCUACGACCCGUCUCUCCGGGUAACCAUCCGUCGUUGUUGUUUUCGCCUCGACGGAUUUGCCCUUUUGAAGUUGAUGCCUCAGCUCUUGCCCGUAAACCCCUCCCACACUGACACUACCAAUACCUCUCCUCCCUCCUCCCUCAGCCGAGCAGCAGUGACUCACCACAAGCAAAACCAACAAGAUCUUUGUCUGAACUUGCAUUGCAUCUUGUUCCUUGUUCCUUGUUCCUUGUUGGUGUUGUGCUCUUUUAAUAAGAAGAGUGAAGAGUGGGAAUUGAGAUCA